ACGUUACAGGAAAUGGUCAAGUCACGCUUUGGAUUUCCGCUUCCUUUUCAGAGAGCAGGAAUUGGUUGCGCGCAAUGAGUUAUAUGACUCAUUGGUUGCGCGCUAACCCGUAAAUGUGCUUUUCAUGCGUCUCUAAAACAGUGUUGUUCGUUCUGAGAUGGACCUUCCGUGCGUUCGGUGGCAAGAUCACAUUGUCCGGAAAUGGAGUUCGCUUCAUUUAGGGAUGAAGAAAAAAUUUGAGUCCUUGGUUGAUGUUGAUGAUAUUUUCAAAUGUGUUCUAAGCCAAACAACUCAGGGUGACGUAGACUUUAUGAAGUCAGUCUCUGAAGGAUACUCAAUGAAGAAGGACGCUGAAGAAGCAGUUAAAUACAGGGAGAGGGGUAACUCCCACUUCAAAGCUGCUGACUACAGGACAGCAGCUCUGCUUUAUUCACAGGGUGUUUGUUUUGCUCCUUGUUGUUCAGAGCAGCUGUCUCUGUGCUACGCAAACCGCUCUGCUGCUCUUUACCAUCUGAAGCAUUUCCAGGACUGCCUUGAUGACAUUGAAAGAGCUUUGAAGGCCGGCUAUCCAUCUCAUCUAGCACACAAACUACAGGAGCGUCGCACAAUGUGCCUAAAUCAACUCAGUAAAAAAGCUGCUGAAGAUGAGCCUAGUAUGUACACCAACAGAAAAGCCAGGACAUCAGCUUCAAAUUUGGGGAUUUGUCCUAAAGUGGCCAUUGAAUACAAUUUGGAAAAAGGCCGCCAUCUGGUGGCAGUAGAGCGAAUAGCACCUGGAGAUGUGAUCCUCACCGACAGGCCAUACAGCUUUGUUCUUAUUCCAGAAAUGGAGGAGAUGAGAGAGAAAGAUGCAAGGGCAGACAUGUUUGGAACACAGUAUUUGAGAUGUCACCAGUGUUUGGCUAAAACUCUGUGUUCGGUCCCAUGCGAGGGAUGCAGCUACAGCCGAUACUGUUCAGCUAGGUGUCAACGGGAAGCUUGGGAGGAGCAUCACAGCUGGGAGUGUUCAUUGGGAGCAGAUCUGAUGGCUAUGGGCGUAAUGGCACAUUUAGCACUCAGGAUCACACUAAAGGCAGGUUUGAAAACCAUUCAAGAAGCGAGGCAACUUGUAACAGAAACCCAUGAGGAGGCAAAGUCAAACGGCCUGAUCAGCUCUCCCUGUAAUCCUAAUACAUGUUCAAAAGGGGAUGAUCCUUUUGCAUCACACUAUGGUGACUCCUACACGAGUGUGUUUCACCUAUUGCACCAUACAAGUCAUCAAAGCACCGCUGUGCGGUUCCUCUAUGCAGUAACUGCAGCAACUCUUUCCAUGAAGCUCAGCCAGGCAGGAUUUUUUCUUGCUUCAAGGAACAUUAACAAGCACUCAUCAGCAAACAGCAGGUGGCCAUGUGGACCAAAGAAAGAGGAAGGAGAUGCAGAGCGGAGCUCGGAGCAAUGGCUGCUGGGAAGUGCAAUUUUGAGGCACCUGCUGCAGCUAAGAUGCAAUGCUCAGGCCAUCACUGUGCUGCAGGAUUCAGAAAUGGAAAACUCCAGAGUGCAAUCUCGGCAGGAAAUCCGUAUUGCCACAGCGAUGUUCCCAUCUCUAAGUCUUCUCAAUCAUUCCUGCAGUCCUAACACCACCCUGGUGUUCAGCACUGUUACUGCUGAUGCAGGUUGUGCAGAUGGGCCUGCAGACAUGCGUCAACAUUUACCUGAAGAAAGGCAGGAAACUCGGGGCGUCUCUGUGACGGUGAGAGCAGCCAAAGUUAUCAGUUUGGGACAGGAGGUCCUACACUGCUAUGGUCCUCACAGCAGUAGGAUGGCGGCUGAAGAACGACAGCGCCUCCUGCAGGAGCAGUACUAUUUUCUGUGUCAGUGUGAGGCUUGCAUCAAUCCAGAGAAGGAUGGAGAAGCCACGCACCCGGGGGUUAAAGGAUCUCCAUCUGAGGCUGAGCUGUUGUGUUUCAAAUGCAACACCGUUCUUAAAAAAAACCAUGAAGGCAGGUUCUGUUGUUCACUGUCAACCUGUGGCCAUCAAACUACUUCAGCAAAAGUAAGCAGCAAGCUGCAAGAAAUUAGGAUUGUUCUGGAAAAAGCUGUGGACCUCAUGGAGAAAGACAGACCAGCUGAGGCCCUGCAGCUGUUAAAAAAGAUAGAGAGUCAUUCUGAGCUGAUGCUUGCACAGACGCAUCCUUUGCAGGGCGAGCUGGCUGAUGCAACAGCCAGAGCUUAUGCUACCAUGGGAGAAUGGAACAAUGCAGCGUCUCAUCUGGAGCGGAGUGCUGUAGCCACUUGCUCUCAGUAUGGAGAGGACAGCAUCGAACUGGGACAACAGCUCUUUAAAUUAGUUCAGCUGCACUUUAACGGUGGUGCCAGAAGCCAAGCCCUCGCCGUCAUUCCCAAGGUCAGACGGCUCUUCUCCCUUCACUGCGGUCCCCACUGUCCUGAAUUACUGGAGCUGAAAGCCAUGGAGGAUUGUCUUCGAGGGUAGUCUUUUUUGCAAAAACAACAUGAAUCUAGUGCUGCAUUCAAUAAAUCUCAUUAAAAUAAAAAGUUGGAAAUUUUCUGUGUGAA